ACGUUGAUCGUGUCAUUUUUGCAAGAAUUGCGUCACAUUUUGCAUCUGAAAUUUGGUGGAGAAUUUAAAGCUCUAAUUGUGAUUCUUACAUUUUUAAAUAUAUAAAAGUCAAUUAAAGUCAAUGCAGAGGUGUGUAGGUGACAAUUCUGAGUGAAAUUUAUAUCCAGUAAUUGAUUGUGAUACAUAUCCAGUGGCUGUUUUUGUCCGGUGCCGAGGGGCGAAUAACUAGCAAGUUAUUAAGUGUCACAUUCCUAGAAAAAGGUUUGUCAGGAGUCUUUCUCAACAUCUGAGGAGACUGACAAGGAGAAAUGCCCAGGCGCAGAGAAACUCCAGGUUCUGGAGGCUCCAUUGAUACUGAUCUUUUCUUUGAUUCGAGUACACAAGCUCAUUCCUCGUACAUUGGUAUCAAAGAGGUUGAGCUGAUGAUUCCGGAGUUCCAUGGAAUAGAGAAGGACGGGAAAUUGAUAUUUGCCAGCGAGUGGCUGGAUAAAAUUGAAUCCCUCGGCAAGGUGUACAAAUGGACGUCUCCCCAAAUGUUGUUGUAUGCUUCUUUGAGAGUCAAGGGGCCAGCACUAAAUUGGUUGGAUUCAUCUGAGGGAGGCAUCAUCUCUUGGGAGGUUUUUAAAGCCGAAUUGAAAGAUAAUUUUCCCCAGAAUAUCCGUGAGUCCGUGGUGCAUGAACAGUUGAGUAACAGGAAGCGCCGGUAUAAUGAGGCAUUGGAGGAAUAUUAUCAUGACAUGGUUAGGAUGGCAAAAAGGAUCCGCUUGGGAGACGAGACAAUAAAAGAAUAUCUCAUCAAGGGACUCCUAGGCGUUAACGAUCGCAAAGUUUUACGUGCAGUCCCUCAAUGCAGUCUCCCGGAAGUUUUGAGGCAUAUGCUUAAACUUGAAGAGGAUGAUGAUGAUCUGGAAAAAUCAAAUAUGGCCGACAGUUCUGAAGACUUUGACGAAGACUCUGACAGAUCUCAUCCUCGAGAGUCAGGAUCGAAGGAAUGGACUGCUCCAGGUGACAAUUCUGAGCAAAGAGAGGAUGAGAAACCCAAGCUUGACAAGGCACGAAAUGGCGGAUGUGGAUUGAAGGGAAAUACGAAGCCGCAUGACAAACCAAUCGACGGCGAUAACCAGAAACGGAAUGACAAUUCCGAAAAGCGUCGUGGCUAUAAGUGUAAAGAAGUAGGUCACUUGAAGAAGGAUUGUUUCAAUCAAGCAAAUGGAAGGAAGGAUUUUCACGAUAGGGUGGUAAUGGGAGUUCUGGCCACCCGUAACAAAAAUAAUUCAGAACUAAUUAAGACAACUGUUGUUUCCGAAGAUUUUGUUGGCAUGAAUAUUCUGAGAUCAUUGACAAGGAGGUUAUGUAAGGAAGACUUUAUUUGGGUAGAUUAUGCAGAAUCAGAAACGCUGGAAAGAUUAGGACAUGGUAGUGCAAUCUUGCUGAGCUGUAAAGUGAUGGUUGUGGUCUUCGACAAUAUUCGACGUAAUAUGACUUUUCUGAUGGUUGGGGGUCCUGCUAUACCAGAAGAUAUUGUCUGAGGAAUGAUCUCAUCAAUACUCGCCUAGGCGUUCAUGAAAUUCUGGAUGGACUUAAGAUUCACGUGAAAGACAAGUUAAGGAAACAAGUUGGAGGAUUUUUCUAUACCAAUCUCUGGAUUUGUGCAAUAUUUUAUGGGUGUCAUAUAAAAAUAUUCAUUGGUCAGAUUGGUGAGAAAUGUCCUGCCGAAGUUGUCACCAGCAACUUUCAACUUGGUUUUGAACUUGUUAAAAUGCGAAUCUUUGCCUCGAAUGGAUACAGACAUGAAGGACAGUAUCGUUAGUGAAGUCAUUGAAUCUGGAAAUUUGGAUGAAGUCCCAAGAAUAACAGGAAGUUUAUGCUGGUGUGUGAGUACAGAAGGAGUUGAAAUUUCUGUUGAUAUGUUUAAUUUGAAUAUCUGCCUGGCCUUAUAUUCCUAAGAUUUAAACUAUUGUUUCUGAGUUGAAUUAGUUCAGAGGUUAAGUUUACAGACUAGACCAGGAAAAUGUUUAUAAACAUGUAUGCUUUGAAUCAAGUUGAAGUGAUGAAAUAAACUGUUGGUUGAAGUUGAUGUGAA